AUGAAGCUCAAUCUCGAUCAAGGCGCCAGUCUGGAUGCGGGACAAGCUGUCCAACUAGUCGCCUCUUUGGCGACGCCUUCAAUAGUGACUACUAGUACCGACUAUGCACUAGCUUUUGAUAUUGAUGGAGUCCUAAUGCGAGGUGGAGAAGCCAUCCCCGAGGCUGUUAAGGCCUUGAAAUAUAUUAAUGGCGAGAAUCCCUAUGGAAUUCGAGUCCCCUACAUCUUUCUUACCAACGGUGGUGGUAAAACCGAAGAAGAACGGUGUUCGGACCUGAGUCGUCAGCUUGGUCAGAAGAUCGACCGGGGUCAGUUCAUCUGCGGCCACACCCCUAUGCGUGAGAUGGCACAGCGAUACAACACCGUCCUCGUCGUGGGCGGAGAAGGCGAAAAAUGUCGCAUCGUCGCUGAAGGCUAUGGUUUCAAAGACGUCAUCACCCCCGGCGACAUGAUCAAGACUCGUCAAGACAUCACUCCCUUCCGAAAGCUGACGAAAGAGGAAUUUAACAACUCGCGGACACUAGACCUGAAAAAGACCAAGAUCGACGCUAUCUUCGUCUUUGCGGAUAGUCGCGACUGGGCUGGCGAUCAGCAGAUCAUCUUGGAUGUUUUGUUGACCAAGAACGGCCAGUUGGGCACACGAUCGGACACCUUCGACGAGGGCCCAACUCUGUUUUUCUCGCACAAUGAUGUCGUCUGGUCUACUUCGCACGACUACUCGCGCAUUGGCAUGGGUGCUCUCCGCGCUUCCCUAGAGGCCCUCUACCAGGCCAUUACCGGGAAGAAACUCCUCACUAUUGCGUUUGGCAAGCCGCAAAAAGGCACUUUCCAGUUCGCAACUCGGCUCUUACAGCAAUGGCGAAGUGACUCGCAUGGCAUCGACGAGCCCCCGUCCACCGUCUAUUUUUUCGGUGACACUCCCGAGUCAGACAUUCGCGGUACAAAUGAGUUCGAUGAGACUGUCGAUCAGGAAUGGUACUCCAUCCUGGUCAAGACAGGUGUUUAUCAGAAUGGGGCUAUCCCGCGAUACGAGCCGAAGAAGAUUUGCGACAACGUUUAUGAUGCUGUCAAGUUUGCCAUUGAGCGCGAACUUGAAAAGACGAAUGAAAAAGGCUACAUCCAAUGA